AUACAAUGUUGAUUUGUCGUUACACAUAUUUCCUCUGCCCAUCUAGACAUCGACUCCAUAGGUCUCCAGCUCUGUGAGGAUAUCUUGAAACGAGACAAGGUCGAUACGAUAGCUCUUGGAUCCAUUCCGACCUCCUGGACCCACCCUUGGACCGUCUGCACCUCCCCAUGCUCAGUCUCCUUGCCGCCGUGGCCGGCCUUGCCCUGCCACAGCUUGCUCUCGGCGGAGAAUACAGCUCUGCAUCGUCGUACAAAGUACAGACCCCUCCAUUGACCACCGACUGGACCUACAACGUCGGUACUGAUCCAUGGACAGAGUACCCUCGUCCUCAACUCGUCAGAGAUCGCUGGCAAUCUCUGAACGGAAUCUGGAGCUACAAGAAUGCAUCUGCUUCUGACCUUCACCGCGUCCCUUCUGGUGAUCUCGGUCAGGCCAUCAUGAUUCCAUCAUGUAUUGAGUCUGCUCUCAGUGGCGUCAUGACACCGUUGGAUGAACAAGGAAAUGGAAACGUCAAGUACAGUUGGUUCACGACGACCUUUGACGUCCCUUCCGAUUGGAAAGAAGAUGAUGUGGUUAUCAACUUUGGAGCUGCGGACUGGGAGGCUACCGUCUUUGUCAAUGGCAAAGAAGCAGGCUUUCAUCGUGGAGGAUGGACUCGAUUCUCCAUCGACAUCACUAAGCACUUGAAGAAACAUGGCCAGAACGAGCUCGCUGUCUUUGUCUAUGACCCAACUGAUUCUGACGAGAUUGUCAUCUCUGUCGGAAAGCAGACGCUUCGACCGGAUCACAUCUUCUACACCCCUUGUUCUGGAAUCUGGGGAUCAGUAUUCAUCGAGCCCGUGCCCAAGGCUCACAUUGCUCAACUUGAUGUCAGCGGAGACAUGCACGGAAAAUUGACCAUCAAAGCCCACUCGUCCAACGGCAAAUCUGCCCCUGUCCACGUCCACGUCUAUGACCCCUCUAACAACAUCGUCGCUUCUGGCUCCGGCACGUCUGAUGAAGACUUUGUUGUCAGGGUCGGGAACCCCGACUUGUGGUCUCCUGAGCACCCUCACCUUUAUGACAUCAAGGUCAAGUUCGGAGAUGAUGAGGUCAAAUCAUACACUGGUUUCCGAACCAUUGAAAAGGGCGAGGUUGAAGGCGUCGUUCGACCAUUGCUAAAUGGAGAAUUCUACCUCGCCUUCGGACCUCUUGACCAAGGAUACUGGCCUGAUGGAUUGUUGACACCUCCCAACCGCGAGGCCAUGGUCUACGACCUCCAAGUCCUCAAAGAACUUGGAUUUAACAUGGUCAGGAAGCACAUCAAAGUCGAACCGGACCUGUUUUAUCGAGCAUGUGACGAGAUGGGGUUAUUAGUCAUGCAAGACAUGCCAUCGAUGCGACCAAACAUAAACAAGAUCCCCUCAGAGAGUGAGCAAGAAGAAUUCACUCGUCAGCUUGUCAAGCUCGUGGAAACGCACAAAUCCUUCCCAUCGAUCUACACUUGGGUCAUCUACAAUGAAGGAUGGGGUCAACGACCCAAUGCUCCAGAAUCGAAACUUGUCCCCAUUGUUAGGGAACUAGAUCCUACCAGACUCAUCAACGCAGUCACAGGAUGGCACGAUUCGGGAUACGGGGACUAUCACGACAAUCACCAUUACUCUAUGCCUCAAUGCGGUACUCCCUUUUACUCGAUCCCUUCGAGCCCUUAUGAUCCUAAGCGGAUCGGAUUCCAAGGUGAAUUUGGUGGUGUUUCAACCAACACUUCGAUGGAACACAUCUGGAAUGUUCCAAAGAGUUUCGCAAAUAUCAACAUGACCUACGAGAUUGACGAGACCAUCGAAGUUUGGAAUGAGCGAGCUCACGAAAUCCUUGACGCUCUCCGUGAUCAGAUCCAGCGAUACUCUUGUUCCGGAGGUGUUUAUACCCAAACCACAGACGUCGAAGGAGAGAUGAACGGUCUCAUCACCUACGACCGAAGACUCAAGCGUUACGAUCCGGCACAGUGGCAGAGAGACAUUCAAGCUCUGUAUGAUGCUGCUGCUUCUCGGGGCGGUGCUAGGAUCGGAAGCUCGAGAUCACCAAUCACAGCCGCGAAGCAGUGGGUCUCAAGCUUGUGGUACAUCAACACACAUGUUCUGCGUGGCUUGGGCUUCUAGGCUUCUGUCAAUACUCAGAAAGUCGUAGAAGGUAGAAAAAAAGGAGGUCGAUCUUUAGUGGCAUGA